UUUUUUUUAUUUUCCAGUUGGUCACUGUCACCCACAUGUUGUCAGUGAAGGCACCAAACAAAUGUCAUUACUUUCUACCAAUACAAGGUUCCUCCAUGAUAACUUAGUCAUCCUUGCUGAGAGAAUUGCAUCCACAUUACCAUCUUCAUUGUCUGUUGUAUACUUCGUUAACUCAGGUUCUGAAGCCAAUGACCUAGCCCUACGCCUUGCUCGCAGUUACACAGAAUCAAAUGAAGUUAUUACGUUAGAUCAUGCUUACCAUGGCCAUUUGACUUCCCUCAUAGAAAUCAGUCCAUAUAAAUUGUGCUCACUCAGCAAAGCUUCCGACUUUUACUCUUGUCCACCUUAUGUCCAUAUCGUCCCCUGUCCGGAUGUAUAUCGUGGAAAGUAUCGAGACUGUAACUUCCCAGAAAAAGCAGACCUUGGCCAGAUGUACGCUGAUGAAAUUAAGUCAGUUGUUGAUGCAUUAGCAAAAGAAGGAAAGAAACCAGCCUGUUUCAUUGCAGAAUCUCUACAGAGUUGUGGGGGACAAAUUAUUUAUCCUAAUGGAUACCUGAGUAAAGCAUUUCAGUAUGUUCAUGAUGCUGGUGGCUUGUGUAUAGCUGAUGAGGUUCAAGUUGGUUUUGGCCGUGUUGGUUCUCAUAUGUGGGCAUUUGAAACUUACGGUGUUAUACCAGAUAUUGUAACGAUGGGGAAGCCAAUGGGAAACGGACACCCUGUGUCGGCUGUUGUGACUACGGCAGAAGUAUCUGCUGCUUUCCACAGUUUAGGAACCAGUUACUUCAACACUUUUGGUGGAAACCCCGUGUCUUGUGCUAUUGCAUUGGCUGUGAUGGAUGUCAUUGAGAAUGAGGAAUUGUUGAAAAAUGCUCAAGAGAUUGGAAGUUAUUUACUGUCAAAGCUUAAUGAUUUGAAAUCAAAAUAUUCCAUCAUUGGUGACGUUAGAGGCAUUGGAUUAUUUAUUGGCAUUGAUUUAGUGGUCGAUAGGACAAGUCGUGAACCGGCAACAGAUAAAGCUUCACAGAUAAUUAACAGUUUAAUGAAAAAACAUCAUAUAAUCCUCAGUCGAGAUGGUCCAUACAGUAAUGUACUGAAGUUUAAGCCUCCAAUGUGUUUCAACAAGGAUGAUGCUGUGUUUCUUCUUGAAAAACUUGAAGAAGCUUUAAUUGAAUCCCAGGAAUCUAUCAGCACAAAAACUAAUGCUCUAUGAAAUACGUCAACACCAAUCAUAACAGAAUAUUUUCUUUUUUUUCCUAUACUCUUUUUAUUACCUUUUUCAUUAAGGUUUUUGUUAUUUGAUUUUUUUUUUCUAGCGUUUUUCACAAAAAUAUAUUUUCUUUUAGAAUAAGAAACUACAUUUUCAGUCUUCUGUUCUAGAAUUCUUACAAGGUGCUGACUUACAAAAUAGGUAUUUAAUUGGUACUUCCAUAUUGAAUAUUUAU